AUGGACUUACGAGAAAAACAAAACGGUGGGCGACGGUGGCGGAAAGGAAGGCUGCGGUUUGAUCGAGACUACGGCUAUGAGUCGUGGUGUCAGGUGUGGGACGCCGUGCCGGAAUCCUCCCCGGCGAGUAAAAUCACCGAUAAAGAGGACGCCUCAUUCUGGUGCGACUCCGAGCCCAAAUUACCUUUCGACGCUGCCAUGGCCAAGCAGACCUUCUCCGAAGAAACUGGUAUCGAGCUCGGACGCCUUCUUCUCGCACACAAGGGCAUCGAGCUUGAAGAUAAGCUCCUCGUAGACUUGAAUUUAUAUGUGGAACAGGGCCUGCACAUGGCCCUAAGGCCGGAGGAGCCUAAAGUAUUAGACAUCGGGGUAGGCAGUACCAUUGUGCAGCAUAUCGUGCCUGGCUCAACGGAACCGCGGCAAUGGGACUUCGCCAACCCCAAAAUAAUCCACAUUCAGAUCCUGAACGCGGCUGCCUUUAAAGCAGUCACGGGCGUUGAUCCUCCGCCGACGCCACUGCAGACGCGGAUGGAAAUGGAACGCAUGCAACAACAGUGGCUAAGCUUCGGCUGGGUCAAAGCCAUGGCGGGAUUAGUUCCGAGGAUGCUUUAG